UCGGGGGAAGGGCUCUGGAGGGUAGUGUCUGGGCUAUUUUGGACGAAUGCUUACUGAAAUUUUUCCAAUUUUUGAAGGUUUAACCCCUCGGAUGUGAAAAAAUUAUGGGCCCGACGUCGAUGCGUGGGCCGGACCUUAGAAAUUGAAGUUGAAAGCGAAUCUUCUUACUUUUUUAUGGUUGUCUAGGUACCGACACACGACCAAGGUAGCUGUGGCACAAGUGAAUUUAAAUGCUUCACAGAUGAAUUUCAGCCCAAGGAGAGGAAGUUGAUAAUAAGAUAGUUUAUUCAGCAGGAGUAAAGUGUCAGGAGCUAUGAGUGAACCAGGAGACCAAGUAACAGUGGGUGGGCGGAGCAUGUUGGACAACAUGGUUGGAGUUGGUGACAUGGUGCUUCUUGAGUCCUUGACAGAAGAUUCAGUGAUAGAGAACCUUUGGGACAGAUACAAUAACAAAGAUAUCUAUACUUACAUUGGAGAUGUGGUGGUGUCAAUCAAUCCUUAUCGUAAAUUCAACUUGUACACUCCUGAGAGGAUAGCAGAGUACAGAUCUAGAAACAUUUAUGAGUUGCCUCCUCACAUCUAUGCCAUAGCUGAUGAUGCCUACAGAUCCAUGAGAGAUUACAACCAGGAUCAGUGUAUUAUAAUCUCUGGUGAAAGUGGAGCUGGAAAAACAGAGGCAUCCAAGGUUGUUAUGCAGUAUGUGGCAGCGGUGUCUGGCAAAGGCUGGGAAGUGGACAGAGUAAAAGAACAGUUGUUGCAGUCUAAUCCUGUCUUGGAAGCAUUUGGCAAUGCAAAGACUCUUAGGAAUGACAACUCAUCUCGUUUUGGAAAAUAUAUGGAUCUUGAAUUUGACUUCAAAGGUGAUCCAGUCGGAGGAGUCAUCACAAAGUAUUUGCUGGAAAAGUCCCGCGUGGUACAUCAAGCCCAAGGGGAGAGGAAUUUCCAUAUUUUUUACCAUCUACUCUCUGGUGCCUCUGAUGAACUUCUUGGGAAACUUUGCCUUGUGAGUGACUGUAAUGAUUACACUUACCUCAAUCACAGUGGAUGUGUGAAGGUCAAUACAAUAGAUGACAAGAAGGACUUUGUAGUAGUUGAGAGGGCAAUGGAAAUUGUUGGGUUCACUCAAGAAGAGAAGUUGUCCAUUUACACUCUUCUGUCUGCCAUUUUGAACCUUGGAAAUGUUGCAUUUGAUGAAGCUGUUGAUAAAGUUGAUGGACAUGAUACUGUGGCCCCUACAAACGAGAAGUACUUAGACUGGGCAUGUGAGAUGCUUCAGUGUGGAACUCAACUGUUGAAAGAUGGUUUGUCUAAGAGAACUGUGGAGGCCGGUAACGAGAGGGUUUCAACUCAUCUUACCUCUGUGCAAGCUUACUAUGCCAAGGAUGCUCUCUCCAAAGCUAUCUAUCGGAGGAUGUUCUCUUGGAUGAUUCAACGGAUCAAUGAGAGCAUAAAGGUUAAAAAGAAGGGUAAAAGGAAGGUGAUUGGUGUAUUGGAUAUUUAUGGCUUUGAAAUAUUUAAGAAUAACGGUUUUGAACAGUUUAUCAUCAAUUACUGCAAUGAGAAGCUGCAACAGAUCUUUAUUGAGCUGACUCUUAAGUCUGAACAAGAGGAAUAUAUCAGAGAGGGCAUUGAGUGGGAAUCAAUAGAGUACUUCAACAAUGCAAUCAUCUGCGAUUUGAUUGAAAAGACCCAUGUGGGAAUCAUACCACUUCUUGACGAGGAGUGUUUAAGACCAGGAGAGGUCAGCGGUACGACGCUCAUUGCUAAGCUCAACACGCAUUGCUGCAAGCAUCCGCACUACGAGAGCAGAGGAAGCAAGAAGUUCCUAUCUGAUAUGACUUUGCCACACGACUGUUUCAGGCUCAGACACUACGCUGGGAGCGUAACUUAUAGCGUUAGUGGUUUUCUGGACAAAAAUAAUGAUCUGUUAUAUAGAGAUCUCUCCCAGUGCCUUUAUGCUUGUGGUCAUCCGUUGGCCAAAACGCUUUUUCCGGACGGUUGUCCAACCAAGGCAACCAAAAAAAGACCACCAACCACAGGAACUCAGUUUAAGGUUUCAGUCUCUGAGUUGAUGACAAAUCUUAAAAGCAAGAAUCCUCAUUACAUCAGAUGUAUCAAGCCAAACGACAGAAAAGUUGCAGGGCUGUUCGAUGACAAACUAGUCAGACACCAGAUACGAUAUCUUGGGUUGAUGGAGAACAUUCGCGUUCGAAGAGCAGGAUUUGCAUUUAGACAAGAAUAUGACAUUGCACUUGAGAGGUACAAGAUGCUCUGUAAAAAAACCUGGCCCAACUGGGUGGGCAUGCCGAAAGAAGGCCUUAAAGAACUACUUAAGAGUUUGAAUAUCAAACCAACAGCGUAUGCUUAUGGAAGAACAAAGAUCUUUUUUAGAAAUCCACGAACGUUAUUUGAUCUGGAGGAGAGACGUCUUCAAGGAAUGCAUUUUCUAGCUGUCAUCAUUCAGAAGGUUUUCAGAGGCUGGAGACAGAGAACCAAAUAUCUUAAGAUGAGAGAGAGUGAAAUUAUCAUCGCUAAGUAUUAUCGUGGCUUCAGGGAUCAUCGGACUUAUCUCAGAAAGAGAAGCGCUGCUAUUACCGUCGCUCGUUUUGUUCGCGGCUGGAAGGCGCGGAAGCUCUACAAAGCCAUGUUGUACGAGAAGAAAUGUAUCUGGGCUUCUGGUAUAAUUCGUACCUACUUCUACGGAUGGCAGGCCCGCAAACUUUACAGAUCCAUGGUUCUUGAAAAGAAGCGCAACCAGGCUGCGACUAUAAUCGCAGCCUAUUUUACAGGCUGGAAGGCCCGCAAACUUUACAGAAGCAUGGUCCUUGAAAAGAUACGCUUCCAGGCCGCUAUUAUAAUAGCGGCGUACUUUACAGGCUGGAAGGCCCGCAAACUUUACAGAUGCAUGGUCAUUGAAAAGAUACGCAAACAGGCGGCGACUAUAAUCGCAGCCUAUUUUACAGGCUGGAAGGUUCGUCGUGAGUAUCAUCCCAAGUUCAGAAAGAAUGCAGCUCCAAAGAUCAUGAAGUUUCUUCGCCUGUACUUUCGUUACAGAUAUUUGAGCACGCUAAAGAACAACCUACCGUCUUUGUCACCUGUGGAUACGCAUUGGCCUUCAUCUUCACCAAUGUUUAGGAAGACAAACAAUCUUCUUAAAGGCUUGUACCACUCUUGGAGAUGUAAGAAAUUCAGAGACAGAUGUCCUCCCGAAAAGAGAGCGAUUCUAAAAGAAAAACUCCAAGCCAGCGAGGUGUUCAAAGACAAAAAAUCUUUGUAUCCUUCCACGGUAGCAGUUCCUUUCCAAAGCGAUCGUGUCAACCUUAAUGCCAAUCCAAAGUGGAAAAAGAACACUGGUAACAACAACCAACGAAUCGUGUGGGCGGAUUCUGUGUUAAAGAUCAAUAGAAAAAACGGCAAGGCAGUACCUCACAUUUUGACCAUUUCGGACACUGAGAUGCUGGUGUUAGACCCCAAGUCUCUCCUCACGAAAUACAACAUUGAUUUGGGAGACAUUCAGAGAAUCUCCGUCAGUCCGCUGAAAGACGGAGUAAUCGUGUUCCACAUUCGCACGGACAAACAAGAUAAGAACCAUCAGAAAGGUGACUUCAUGUUCCACACGGAGCAUGUGGUCGAGUUAGUUGCCAAGCUGUUGGUGCAAGCAGAAUCCCAACAAGACAUGUCUGCCGCCGUUCAUGUUUCAGAAAGGAUCGCUGUGAAUUUUUCUGAAACUCCGGUCGAGCUGCACUUCAAACGCGCAGACAAAGAUCUUCCUCAACCGCUAUUGUGUAAAAGAAAAGGAGCUGUUAUAGAUGUCUUAGUUUGAUUAUUUUCUUAACAAAUCGUACAGUAUUAGUUUGGUUUUUGCCAUAUCCACCUUACAGCAAAGCAAAGCGUUCAUGGUGUCGAGGUUUUUACAUCCUUUAAAAAAAAGUAAAUUAUUUAAAAAUAACAUAACGAUUACAAGUUAUCGUCGUGCAUUUGUUUCGAAGGUUUAACUUUAUUAAUAUUUAAUUUAAUCGGCAGAAUAUGAAAAAUUACAAAUCUUUCAUGACUGGUUGGGCCUUUUCUCUCAUCUCAUUCUUUCCCUAAGGGUUUUGGAUGUCAGCAUUCCCUCGAGCACCGAUACAUCUUUGGCGGAUUCUUCGAACAAUAGGCUAUUUAACUCAUAAAUUUUCUGCCGUUGAACUUGAUUGUUUCAUUCUUUUCGCUCCUGCUGCUUUAUCAAGGCAAGAUGUAACAUAAAGAGUGUUUUUAAAACUUAUUUUACAAUAAAAUUAUUUACUUGUCA